AAGAUGGCGGCUCCCAGGGCGGAGGCGUGGAGAAGUGUUGAGGGGGCUCGCGGGGCUGGGCGCGCCUGCGCCUGACAGGGGCGCUGCCUGAACCCUAGCCGAGCGCGCAGCGACCCCAGUCCCUCGCCGCGAGGCAGUGCGGAGGCUUCUUUUAGGGGCGCGCCAAAGACGUACCCAAGCGAGGGCUGGAGGGGCAGUGACGUCACCCGACCCCGCCCCUCGCCCGACCGUCGCUGCCGCCAUGUUUAGUUGUUACUUCUUCACACAAGAUGGCGGCUCCCAGGGAGGAGGCAUGAGCACCCUGCCGUUACCGCUCCUCAUGCCGUACAGUUGCCACUUCGGGGCGUAACUCUGGCUCUUUGGAGCGGCUCCUGUGGGAAGGAGUUAUAAGGCGGGAAGCGAGGAUAGGACGUUUCCUUGAGUUUGGUUUGCAGUGGAAGAACUGACCCAAGAGGAAGAGAAUAGGGGAGAAGGGGGAGCUAAUCUCAAGAUGGCGGCUCCCAGGGCGGCAGGCGCAGCCUGAGCAGCAGAGGCGGACUGAGGGGAGAGGUUUGAGACCUCACAAGCCGUACAGCGCAAGCCUCCGAACAGUCCCCGAGAACUCGAGUUCGUUCCACUGGCCUCCGGCGCACCUCUAUUCCUUACGAGUGUCGAGACCGUUUCGGGAGCGUCGACGGCACUAAGUGCUGGGAGGGGAAGCGGGACGGUCUCAAGAUGGCGGCUCCCACAAUUGUGGUCUGAGCACCGGUGGGGCUGGGACAACCGCGGCGCUUGUGGCUCCUUUCCACCCGCCCCGGAAGCCGGCCAGUGCAGGGGACUUGGGGGGUGUGGGAACCGGGCCGGGGCUCCGCCAUUUCCGGCGGGUGAGGGCUACGAUUGAGGAAGGGAGGAGAGAGAGGCGGCUCAAGAUGGCGGCUCCCAGGGUCUCCCGCUCCAGCUUGUGAGCAGGAGCGCCCGGACAAGUAGUCAGAGCGGCGAGACUCGACGGCCUCCAGCUUCUCUGGCCUAGGCUCUCGACAGUUUCGGGGUGCUCUUGAGGAGUCGGGGUGAGCGAGAAGGAGGGGAAGAGUCAAAGGGAAGGAGGAUAUUUAAGAUGGCGGCCUCCAUGGAGCCGUCCACCGCUGUGUGAGGAACUGCUUCUCUGUGAGAGCUGCCUUAGACGAAAGGGGGUGUGUGGGAGGUGUUGGGGGCUCCUUUCCCGCUUGGUGACUUUUUCCCCACCGUGCCCUUUCCUGGAACUAUGGCUUCGGCCGUGUCGCCCGCCAACUCGCAAGCGGUGCUCCUGCAGCCCCGCUGGAAGCGAGUGGUGGGCUGGUCGGGUCCAGUGCCCCGACCCCGUCACGGCCACCGCGCCGUGGCUAUCAAGGAGCUCAUCGUGGUGUUCGGCGGCGGCAACGAGGGGAUAGUGGAUGAACUGCACGUGUACAACACGGCUACCAACCAGUGGUUCAUCCCAGCUGUGAGAGGGGACAUCCCCCCUGGGUGUGCAGCCUAUGGCUUUGUGUGUGACGGGACUCGCCUGCUGGUGUUUGGUGGAAUGGUAGAGUAUGGGAAAUACAGCAAUGACCUCUACGAGCUCCAGGCAAGUCGGUGGGAAUGGAAGAGACUCAAAGCAAAGACGCCCAAAAAUGGGCCCCCUCCAUGUCCUCGGCUUGGGCACAGCUUCUCCCUCGUGGGCAAUAAAUGCUACCUGUUCGGAGGUUUGGCCAAUGACAGCGAGGACCCCAAGAACAACAUUCCGAGGUACCUGAAUGACUUAUACAUCCUGGAAUUACGGCCAGGCUCCGGAGUGGUGGCCUGGGACAUCCCUAUCACUUAUGGCGUCUUGCCACCACCACGGGAGUCACACACUGCCGUAGUCUAUACUGAGAAAGACAACAAGAAGUCCAAGCUGGUGAUCUACGGAGGGAUGAGCGGCUGCCGGCUGGGGGACCUCUGGACCCUGGAUAUUGAGACUCUGACGUGGAAUAAGCCCAGUCUCAGUGGAGUAGCACCUCUUCCUCGAAGUCUCCACUCGGCCACAACCAUAGGCAACAAAAUGUACGUGUUUGGUGGAUGGGUGCCUCUCGUCAUGGAUGACGUCAAAGUGGCCACACACGAGAAGGAGUGGAAGUGUACCAACACACUGGCUUGUCUCAACCUGGAUACCAUGGCCUGGGAGACCAUCUUGAUGGACACACUGGAGGACAAUAUUCCCCGGGCCCGAGCUGGCCACUGUGCUGUAGCAAUCAAUACCCGCCUCUACAUUUGGAGUGGGCGUGAUGGCUACCGAAAGGCCUGGAACAACCAGGUCUGCUGCAAGGACCUGUGGUACCUAGAAACAGAAAAGCCACCGCCUCCAGCCCGGGUACAGCUGGUACGAGCCAACACCAACUCCCUGGAGGUGAGCUGGGGGGCAGUGGCAACCGCCGACAGUUACCUUCUGCAGCUCCAGAAAUAUGACAUUCCUGCCACGGCUGCUACUGCCACUUCCCCCACACCCAAUCCAGUCCCGUCUGUGCCUACCAACCCUCCCAAGAGCCCUGCCCCUGCAGCAGCCGCACCUGCUGUGCAGCCACUGACCCAAGUAGGCAUCACACUCCUGCCCCAGGCUGCCGCCACGCCCCCGACCACCACCACCAUCCAGGUGUUGCCGCCAGUGCCUGGAAGCUCGAUUUCUGUGCCCGCUGCAGCCAGGACUCAAGGUGUCCCUGCUGUUCUCAAAGUGACUGGUCCUCAGGCUACAACAGGAACCCCGUUGGUCACCAUGCGACCUGCUAGCCAGGCUGGGAAAGCCCCUGUCACGGUGACCUCCCUUCCUGCAGGCGUUCGAAUGGUUGUGCCUUCGCAGAGCGCUCAGGGCACGGUGAUCGGCAGCAACCCACAGAUGAGUGGGAUGGCUGCGUUGGCCGCUGCAGCCGCUGCCACCCAGAAGAUCCCUCCUUCCUCGGCGCCCACAGUGCUGAGUGUCCCAGCAGGCACCACGAUUGUCAAAACUGUGGCUGUGACACCUGGCACUACCACCCUCCCUGCCACUGUGAAGGUGGCCUCCUCGCCAGUCAUGGUGAGCAACCCGGCCACUCGUAUGCUGAAAACUGCAGCCGCCCAGGUGGGGACAUCCGUCUCCUCCGCUGCCAACACAUCCACUCGCCCCAUCAUCACAGUGCACAAGUCUGGGACUGUGACUGUGGCCCAGCAGGCCCAGGUGGUGACCACAGUUGUGGGUGGGGUCACCAAGACCAUCACUCUGGUGAAGAGCCCCAUCUCUGUCCCAGGGGGCAGUGCUCUGAUUUCCAAUCUGGGCAAAGUGAUGUCAGUGGUCCAGACCAAACCAGUUCAGACUUCAGCGGUCACAGGCCAGGCAUCUACGGGCCCGGUGACUCAGAUCAUCCAGACCAAAGGGCCCCUGCCAGCCGGGACCAUCCUGAAGCUGGUGACCUCAGCAGAUGGCAAGCCCACCACCAUCAUCACCACCACGCAGGCCAGUGGGGCUGGGAGUAAGCCCACCAUCCUGGGCAUCAGCAGCGUGUCCCCCAGUACCACCAAGCCUGGCACAACCACCAUCAUCAAGACCAUCCCCAUGUCAGCCAUAAUCACGCAGGCGGGCGCCACAGGUGUGACCAGCAGUCCUGGCAUCAAGUCCCCCAUCACCAUUAUUACCACGAAGGUUAUGACUUCGGGAACUGGAGCUCCCGCAAAAAUCAUCACUGCUGUCCCCAAGAUUGCCACUGGCCAUGGGCAGCAAGGCGUGACCCAGGUGGUACUAAAGGGGGCCCCCGGACAGCCGGGCACCAUCCUACGCACUGUGCCCAUGGGGGGUGUCCGCCUGGUCAACCCUGUCACUGUUUCUGCUGUCAAGCCAGCAGUCACCACAUUGGUCGUGAAGGGCACCACGGGCGUCACAACCCUAGGCACGAUGACAGGCACCGUUUCCACCAGCCUUGCUGGAGCUGGGGGCCACAGUACCAGCGCCUCUCUGGCCACACCCAUCACCACCUUGGGCACCAUCGCCACCCUCUCAAGCCAGGUGAUCAACCCCACUGCCAUCACUGUGUCGGCUGCUCAGACCACACUGACAGCGGCCAGUGGUCUCACCACCCCCACCAUCACCAUGCAGAGAGAGGGGGAAAGGAGGGAGAAAGAGAGGGAGAGAAACCAGUGUGUGAGAGAAACAUCCACCAGUUGCCUCUCACACGUGCUCCAACCAGGGACCUGGCCUGCAACCCAGCCUGUCUCCCAGCCUACCCAAGUGACUCUGAUCACAGCACCCAGUGGGGUUGAGGCCCAGCCCGUACAUGACCUCCCGGUGUCCAUUCUGGCCUCACCUACUACAGAACAGCCCACCGCCACUGUCACCAUUGCUGACUCUGGCCAGGGUGAUGUGCAGCCCGGCACUGUGACGCUGGUGUGCUCCAACCCACCGUGCGAGACCCAUGAGACGGGCACCACCAACACAGCCACUACCACCGUCGUGGCUAACCUUGGAGGGCACUCGCAGCCAAACCAAAUGCAGUUUGUCUGUGACAGGCAGGAGGUAGCCACUUCUCUUGUGACCACAGCGGUAGGGCAGCAGAAUGGCAGUGUGGUGCGCGUCUGCUCCAACCCUCCGUGUGAGACCCAUGAGACAGGCACCACCAAUACGGCCACCACUGCCACCUCCAACAUGGCCGGGCAGCAUGGUUGCUCCAACCCGCCCUGUGAGACCCACGAGACGGGCACCACCAGCACCGCCACCACUGCCAUGUCAAGCAUCGGUGCCAGCCAGCAGCGAGACACCCGGCAUACCUGUGUGGCCACCACCACCCCUGCUGUGGUUCGGGUCAGUGCGGCUGCUGGGGCACCGGAGGGAGCCCUUGGUUCCGUCAAGUCUUCAUGCCAGACUCGCCAGACCAGUGCGACCAGCACCACCAUGACUGUGAUGGCCAGCGGGGCCCUGUGCUCAGACAGCCCACUUCUUGGGCACAGCCUGGCACUGGAGGCCGAAGGCCACGGCACUGCUUUUGCUCAGUUGGCCUCUACGAGCGGCCAAGUUAGGCCCAGUGGCCCCGGCAGCAAGGACAGCCCUGUAGCCGAUCUGGGUCAGUUGGCGUCCGUGGAGUACCAGCUGGAGGCACACCACACCCACACAACCAACACCCCCACCACAGCCCUCGCCACAAUGUAUACUGGGGAGCCUGGCGAGGUGCAGGGGAUCCCCAUACUUGCAUAUGAGAGCUCACCGAGCUCUGCUGCGACUGUGACAGCCCUGGAGGCCCUGCUGUGCCCCUCGGCCACCGUGACCCAAGUCUGCUCUAAUCCACCGUGUGAGACCCACGAGACGGGCACCACCAACACAGCCACUACCUCGAAUGCGUGCAACGCCCAGCAAGUCUGCUCCAAUCCACCCUGCGAGACCCAUGAGACGGGCACCACCCAUACACCCACCACCGCUACUUCUGGUGGUGGUGCGGGCCAUCCUGAGGGGGGACAGCAGGCCCCUGCUAGCCGCCCCUGUGAGACCCACCAGACCACUUCCACUGGCACCACCAUGUCGGUCAGCGUGGGUGCCCUGCUCCCUGACAGCACCCCCUCCCUCAGGACCCUGGAGUCCGGGCUAGAGGGGGCAGCACCGCCCACCAUUGCUCCCCAGACCAGUGCUUCAUUGCUGGCUCCUUUCCCAACACAGAGGGUGUGCUCCAAUCCCCCCUGUGAGACACACGAGACAGGCACCACGCACACGGCCACCACCGUCACCUCCAACAUGAGCUCAAAUCAAGAUCCCCCACCAGCUGCCAGUGACCAAGGAGAAGUGGAGACCACCCAGGGCGAGAGUGUGAACAUCACCAGCUCCAGUGCCAUUAUGACAACUGUGUCCUCCACGCUGACACGGGCUGUGACUACUGUGACACAGUCCACACCAGUCCCUGGCCCCUCUGUGCCGAAGAUCUCAUCAGUGACUGAGACUACCCCAGGGGCUCUGACCACCGAAGUCCCCAUCCCGGCCACGAUAACAGUGACCAUAGCCAACACAGAAACUUCUGACAUGCCCUUCUCUGCUGUUGACAUCCUGCAGCCCCCAGAGGAGCUCCAGGCCUCCCCAGGGCCUCGCCAGCAGCUGCCGCCGCAGCAACUCCUGCAGCCCGCCUCCACACCCCUGAUGGGGGAGUCCACCGAGGUCCUGUCAGCCUCGCAGACCUCUGAGCUCCAGGCCGCUGUGGAUCUGAGCAGUACAGGGGACCCAUCCUCAGGCCAGGAGCCUGCCAACUCAGCCAUGGUGGCCACUGUGGUGGUCCAGCCACCUCCACCCACACAGUCUGAAGUAGACCAGUUGUCACUUCCCCAAGAGCUGAUGGCCGAGGCCCAGGCAGGCACUACCACCCUCAUGGUAACAGGGCUCACCCCUGAGGAGCUGGCAGUGACUGCUGCGGCUGAAGCGGCUGCCCAGGCCGCAGCCACGGAGGAAGCCCAGGCCCUGGCCAUCCAGGCUGUGCUCCAGGCCGCACAGCAGGCUGUCAUGGCAGGCAGUGGGGAGCCCAUGGACACAUCCGAGGCGGCGGGAGCCGUGACACAAGCGGAGCUGGGCCACCUGUCAGCUGAGGGCCAGGAGGGCCAGGCCACCACCAUCCCCAUCGUACUGACGCAGCAAGAGCUGGCCGCCCUGGUGCAGCAGCAGCAACAGCUGCAGGAGGCACAGGCCCAGCAGCAGCACCACCACCUCCCCACGGAGGCCCUGGCUCCUGCCGACAGCCUCAAUGACCCGACCAUUGAAAGCAACUGCCUCAGCGAGCUGGCCGGGGCUGUCCCCAGCACUGUGGCCCUGCUGCCCUCCACAGCCACUGAGAGCCUGGCUCCCUCCAACACAUUUGUGGCCCCCCAGCCGGUCGUGGGAUCCAGUCCCGCUAAGCUGCAGGCUGCUGCUACCCUGACCGAGGUGGCUAAUGGCAUUGAGUCCUUGGGCGUGAAGCCAGACCUACCACCCCCACCCAGUAAAGCUCCAGUGAAGAAAGAGAAUCAGUGGUUUGAUGUGGGGGUUAUUAAGGGCACUAAUGUAAUGGUGACACACUAUUUCCUGCCACCAGAUGAUUCUGUCUCAUCUGAUGACGACUCGGGCACUGUUCCAGACUAUAACCAGCUGAAGAAGCAUGAACUGCAGCCCGGCACAGCCUAUAAGUUUCGUGUUGCUGGGAUCAAUGCCUGUGGCCGGGGGCCCUUCAGUGAGAUCUCAGCCUUUAAGACGUGUCUGCCUGGUUUCCCAGGAGCCCCCUGUGCCAUUAAAAUCAGCAAAAGUCCAGAUGGUGCUCACCUCACUUGGGAACCGCCCUCUGUGACCUCCGGCAAGAUCGUUGAGUACUCUGUGUACCUGGCUAUCCAGAGCUCACAGGCCGGCGGCGAGGCCAAGAGCUCGGCCCCGGCCCAGCUGGCCUUCAUGCGGGUGUACUGCGGGCCCAGCCCCUCCUGCCUCGUGCAGUCCUCCAGUCUCUCCAAUGCUCACAUCGACUAUACAACCAAACCCGCCAUCAUCUUCCGCAUCGCCGCCCGCAACGAGAAGGGCUAUGGCCCAGCCACCCAAGUGAGGUGGUUGCAAGAAACCAGUAAAGACACCCCUGGCACCAAGCCAGCCAACAAGCGGCCCAUGUCCUCUCCGGAAAUGAAAACCGCUCCAAAGAAAUCUAAGGCAGAUGGUCAGUGAGAGGCAGCUGCUUUGCACCUGGAUUCCUCUCCCGACCCCCACCCCUGCUUCAGGAACAUCGCCUGCCAGGGCCCUACCUGUCCAUCCCACCCACCUGGCACUCACACCCUUUCAAGCUACUGGCCACCAUUCAUUCUCUCUCCUUUCUUGUCUGUUUAUAAAAUAAUCUCAAGAAAGCACAUUUUACCAUUGCUGUUGGGUGGAAGCAGAGGCAGGUCUGGAAGAGCAGUGAGCAGAUGAGAGUAGUGCGCCUGCCCCCUGAGUCCAGAGGCCCUGAAGGAGAGACACAGGUCUUAGAGCAAAGAUGCAAAAGAAGUAGAGGCACGCACCUCCACAUCCUGCUAGCUUCUUGCUGUUUAUCACCCUUGGCUCCAGAGGGCAGUCAGAGCUGUAGUUGAGGGGACACUUAAGCCAGGGAAAGGCCACCCCUCAAUCCCCCUCCCCUGCUCUGCUCCUAGAAGCAAGAGAGGCUUUGUGGGGCACCCUGUGCUGGGUGUGUCUGAUUUUAUUUUCUUCCCUUUGCUUUUCCUGCCACUUACUAGCCCACCCUCAACUCACCCAUCCUCUCUCUCGUGAUCCCACCGGAAGUUUAUAUUUUCUCAGAGGCCUUCUUAUCUACUCCAACUCCUCUCCCUUUCUGUCUUCUUUCCCAUUUAAAACAAGAGAAGAAAAAGGGGGAGAAAGGGGGUCCCAUGGUGGCCUGAACAGUGUUCUGUGAAAAUCUGGCUCCCAGUGGGGUUUACAGAAGCCCCCUCCCCCAAGCCUGGCUUCCGCUCCCCGGGUCAGGGCUUAGGGGCCACAUCACCAACUGCUGCAUUUGUUGUAUUUUUUUAGGUUGAAAUUGAAGUUAACAUUUUUAUUGUAAUUUUAGCCUUAGCGUGUGGGGUUUUGUCCCUUUUUUGUUAGCCAUGUACAGAAUGUGUAUCUUUUUUUUUCUUCUUCUUCUUCUUUUUUUCUUUUUCUUUUUUUUUUUUAUUCUCUCCUUGGCUAAGCCUUGGCAGGGAUCUUUUUGGAGGAAAAGCUGGAGGCAGCCAGGGCAGGAGAGGCAUGGAUGGAUCCCCUUGUGGACCUGGUGUUUGCUGCCCAGCUCACUUUCUUCUCGUUGGCCUCUGCCUGUCCCUGGGCCUCUGGGACAAAGGAGGGGUAAGCUGUCAAACUUUACUCCCCACGGGCAAAUGUUCCACAUCUCACCACAGGAUUGAGCUGAAAGUCUGAGAGCCCAAAGUCAAGUUUCUGAGAACAGCCCAGAAACGGUGGGUCCUCCUGGUCCCGGUUCACAGUACUCACCACCCCCCACCCCCAGGUUCCUUCCUUGGCAUACAUAGCUGGCUUAGAGUAUCCGACACUUCAAUCGCAGCUUCCUGCAGCCACCCCCUCUGCAGGCAAAGUUGGAAGGAAAAGGUGAGGUGGGGGCAUGAAGGGGACGUUUUUCAGAGGUAGUCUGAGGCUGAGUGUAUGGCUUCACCCAGGAGGGAGCCUGGGGGUGCCGGAGGCUAACAGCACCGCCUCCCUGGUCUAUGAAUGUGCAGCAGCGUCCUCCAGCUGUGCGGUCCUAGGAUCAGACUUGGGGCUCUGCUUUUGAAGUGGCUAAUAAGCCACUUUCUGCCCCACACCUAAGCUUUAGGCAAGGAGCAAGGCUUAUAAGCAGGUCACACAAGAUUGAAAAUGAGUGACCCAUCUUCCCAGACACCCUUCUCCAAGUCUGCCCUGGAGACCAGCUGUGGCUUCACCACCACCACCACCACUUGGCUCCUUCUGGGGCCUCUGAUUUGUUGUAUUAUAGUAUAUUUCGCUGUGGAAAAUGUCAUGUUUAGUCACCUUGGAGCCCACUCGCCUGGUCCCAUUGUUUCCCUGUUCCUUGUCCCAAGCACCCUUUAAUUUCUCUUAUUUCUGAGAACAGUACACCCGUUCAUCUAUUGUAGAGUAACCCCUGUGACUCAAUAUUACCAUAGUGCAAUGUCGUUUUGUGCUAUUUUGAACAAUUAAAAGACUUUUUUUGAAAUAAC